GCUGCAACUUGGCAAAGCGAUUCCUCCCUCCCCGCAUCCCUGCAACCAGCCAAUAAAAAAAGUUCUUGGGGAUUCGCUUGGAGAGACAGGGAGAGAGAGAGAGAGAGAGAGAGACAGAGGAAAGUAUCUGCCAGCUUUGACAAAAGUAUACUGGAAAAGCAGAUCUCCCCUUUGGAAGGGAGUCGCGUGUCACUUCUUGUUCUUUGAGACGCCGUGCCAAGCAUCAAGGGGUCCCGAUGCGACUGCUGGUGCCCUCCCUCCUUUACGUCGCGGCCUGGGCCAACUUUUGCCACCGUCCGGGCUCCACCGCUGCAGCCCAGAGCGGGUCUAUCCGAGCGCUGCGAGCCUCGAACCUGCGGAGAGAUGAGAGCAAUCACCUCACAGCCUUGUACCGGAAAGAAGAAACCAUCAAUAUCCGGGGAAGCGGCCACAUCCACAGCCCCCGUUUUCCAAACAGCUACCCCAGGAACUUGCUCUUGACGUGGAGGCUGCUUUCGCCUGAGAAUACAAGAAUACAGCUGGUGUUCGAUAACCAGUUUGGACUGGAAGAGCCAGAGAAUGAGAUCUGCAGAUACGACUUUGUGGAAGUGGAAGAUAUAUCUGAAAUCAGCACGAUCAUCCGAGGGCGAUGGUGUGGGCACAAGGAAACUCCUCCGAGAAUAACCUCCAAAACAAAUCAGCUGAAGAUAACCUUCAAGUCUGAUGACUACUUUGUGGCUAAACCUGGAUUCAAAAUUUAUUAUUCCCGUGUGGAUGACCUGCCACCUGCUGCAUCUGAAACCAACUGGGAAUCAGUCACAAGCCCUGUUUUGGGGGUAUCUUAUCGCUCUCCAUCAGUAACUGACCCAACCCUUACUGCGGAAGCUCUGGAUCAGACCAUAGCUGGCUUUGACACUGUGGAAGAACUGCUGAAGCAUUUUAAUCCUGAUACUUGGCAAGAAGAUCUGGAGAAUCUGUACACAGACACUGCCCAGUACAGAGGGAGAAAUUUCUAUGAAAGAAAAUCAAAAGUUGACCUGGACAGGUUGAACGAUGAUGUGAAACGUUACAGUUGCACUCCAAGGAACUAUUCUGUCAACAUCCGGGAAGAGCUGAGAGUGACCAAUGCUGUUUUCUUUCCACGAUGUCUUCUCGUCCAGCGCUGUGGAGGAAACUGUGGCUGUGGUUUUACACACUGGAAAUCCUGCACGUGCACAGCAGGAAAACUAGUGAAAAAGUAUCAUGAGGUGCUGAGGUUCAUCCCUGAAGCUGGUCAUAUCCGACGAAGGGGCAGAACCAAGAACAACAUGGCGUUGAUAGAUAUUCAGCUGGAGCACCAUGAGCGCUGCGAUUGUGUCUGCAGUUCAAGGCCACCACGAUAAAAGACAGACUCACCCCAUCCAGUUUGCAACUUAAAGGACCUCUUUCUCGUCAGGAAAGGGCAGUUUGAGGAUCUCUUCCCAGCGACCAAUUAAGCGUUGCUAUCAGCUUGCAUUGUAACUGGUAGAGAGACAUCCCCAGCCUUUCAACUUAAAGUACUAAGUACCAUGACAGUUAAUCAAUAAUAACACAGAUUUACAUAUCUAAUCCAAAUGUGGGAUGAAAUAUUUAAAUGGAGAAAGAGAAACCCUAGUGCCGAAAACGUUCCUGUCUGCAAUGAGACCCGCCUGCAUGGUGACAAUUAUUCUUGCAGCUGAAUUUCGUUUUCAGAAUCAUACAUGCAUAAAUGACAGGUGUCACAUAUUCUUACACACAACUCCUCCCACAAGGUAAGCACACCUACACAGAUGCAAAUUGAGGGGGUGGGAAGGUCCAUAACAACAUAUUUCGGAAAUAGUUAAUUCAUAAAUGGCAGCCCAAUCCAGGAUCCGGUAAAUGUAAUCACUCUGUAGGAACAGAUUUCUCUUUGUGGAUCUGAUAAACUGGGUAUGCAAAAUCCAGGUGUGGUAUGAGGAACAAGAGGCCACAUCCAGCAAUAAGCAGAUGCAUGCCUUACAACAAACAAACCAUCCUAUGCGAGCCUGUGCAUAGCAUUAAACAACCUGAACCCAAGAAUGCUGGAACAUGUGCAGAGCAUUGGGCGCCUUCGUACAAUUUUCUGAAUUGAGGCAAAGAGCUCCCAAAAAUAGCUGGCCCCUUUCCCCCUCAAAAUACUGGUGCCCAAAACACAAAAACAGGCAGAAUCAUCCAUUACAAAAUACCUUUUCAAUUGGGCCAUCUUCAAAUGGGGGCAUGUAAUGCUAGUAUCCAUCUUAAGUACUCUAUUAGCUUUUCUCAGGGUGAGAAUAAGAUGUGCUGAGUCCCCAAACUUUGUCAAGUUUGAGGUCCCAUAGCAUUACCCCCUCCCCAAAAAAGUAAUUUAGUCUUUUUUUGUGAAGAUAUUUGGAUUUAGAGUUCCAUCUUAAUCUGAGACCCUACAUUGUAGUUUACUUAGCCUGUGCAUAAAUCCAGCCCAGGACACUCUGCUCUGCAAACAGUGCUCUAAGUGCCACUAUAUUCCUCUUCAUUUGGAUGAGGGUCAUAGUGGAUUUUCACAAGAAUAUACUGAAAGCUUUGGCCAGUUGUGAAAGCUGCCUCCAGCAUCCACACCCAUCCCAGCAUCUACAGACAUCUUUAGAGUUGGAUAGAGGCCUCGGGGCAGCCUUCAUGCAAUGAAAUACUGACCCACACAGAUAUACCAGUGGUGUUUGAACAAAGGUCUCUAAAUAUCCCGGCCCAAAGAGAGCUGCUAUAGCAUAGUGGUUAAGUGGUCGGGUUGCAAAUCUGCAUUCUGCUGGUUUGACUCCCGCUACUGCCAUUAGCUGAGCAGGUGGCCUUGGGCAAGCCACUCCUUUCAGCCUCAGCUCCCCAAUUGCAUUGUGGGGAUAAUGAUAACACUGACUUUGUUCACCACUCUGAGUGGGGCACUAACCAGUAGGGCGGUAUAUAAGCACACUGUUAUUAUUAGUAGUAGGAGUAUUGUCAUAGAUCCACAUAAGCCUCUAAGGCUGAAGGGUAUCUACCUUGUUGGGUACCCAACAACCCAAAUUUCAGAUGUGCAGAAUUUCAAUCCUUAACACGUCCCCAUCUGCACAAGUGUUUAAACUGGAGCACCUUAAAAUGACUCUUCUUGCACAUAUAUCGAAGCAGAAAGCAAAAACAGUUCUAGCUUUUAGAUGACAGGUUUAAACAUAAAUAUUUCCUUAGCUACAUAAAGGAAUGCUGCUCUUCUCUCAUUAUAGACACUAAUGCUAGUUAACUGCCUUUAGUCGCUUCCGUGGGCAAAUUUAUAUUGGCACUAAACAGAAAGUCUUUUUGGACUGCAUUUUACGGAGGCCUGUUAACUCCUUGCUCAUUGCCUGUCUCUUGCCAAACAAUACCUAAGCAUUUAUUAUUUUCAUGGAAUACAGAUAUUAGUCAUUUACCGCCUGCCUCUUGAUAAAAAUAAAAGAAAGUACCUUAAAAGCUAUAGCAUAGCCAGCUUCCUGUGCUUUGGUCAUACUAUGGGAAAGUUCUUUGAUUAACAUAAGGAAGAAGAUACUUUCCAAUUAAGGUUUUCUUUAAAAAAAUAAAAAAGAUUUCUGAAUGCUCUCCAGUAUAAAAUGUAGGCUGGCUUAAGGCUGAAAGGGAACUUAACUUUUGAUUGUGAAUAUAAUGAAGGAAAUUGGAAAGGCUUCAGAGCCAAGGAUCUAUAUUUAAUAGCACUCUGAAGCCACAGCUCAUUUUGUGUGUUGCUUUUGGGUUCCUAUCGCUAAGAAAGGAAGAAAUGAUUUUACAAUAGCAUUUUCUGCAAUAAAUGGAAAUGGGCUUCUUGUCAGGUAAUACUGCAAACUUUUAUAACCCUCCCUGUUCUAGUGAUCCUAUCAGGGGUAGAAUCCUAAAAUUCCCUCCCACCUCUGGCUUGAGUUUCUUCCUUUAUCAAGUUGAAUCUGUUAUCUACUCCCUGUUUUUAUAACUCUAUCAAACCCUUCCUGGAAUACAGUUUAAAUAUUGAACAAGUUGCCACUUGCUAUUCUGGCUGAAUACUCGAGGACUCACAAACAGCCCCUCUGACUUCUUCGUUUUCCCUUAUUUCUAUUGACUGGAAUGUGCCUCUUUCCCAGAUGCCUCUUUAAGAUGCUUUAUUCAUUCUGUCCCUGUCUUUAAUGAGAAACCAAAGAUUCUCAGCUUCAUUACUUAAUUUGAACAUCUCCGAAAGAUUCUGCACAUAACUUCAACCUGCCUUCCUUUGGCCAGACACUCCCUGGAUUCUAGCUAACACUGGGAAAUAAUUGGUGGAUUUAUAAUCCUUAAUGGACAUUAUUAACUGGAUUGUAGUCCAGUGAGCACCAUUGCACAUUUAUUUAACUAAAUUAUUGGCUUCAUGUAGCUUGACUACUCCAUUUGAAUGUUUACUUUUCACUUCACACCUGGGACAUCCCAGAGCCAAUUUUAUUCCAUGGGUAUUCAAGCAAAUGUGCUGCAUGUUGGUAAUUGGGUGGUAAGACAUCUGAGCAAUCUCUUUCUAAGAAUGAAAGCAUUUUGCUCAUUGUAUUCAUGUAUUGGUUGAGAAGUUCACUCUGCCUUGCAUUCCACUCUUUAACCCCAGUGUAACUAGAUUUUCUAAAAUUAAUUCUGAAGCCGGAGCAUGCAACUUUCAAUUUCUUUUGCUCAUUUGCAAUUCCCCUUCCUCCAUAAAAUUACUGAUACAUGUAUGAGUAUUGAUAAAACUCUAAAAAAAUGAUUAUUAUUUUUUUGCAUAAUGUUUUACUGCUUCACAAAUGGACCCCACAUGGAUAGCAUUUUGAUUCAACCAUAUGCACAAUCAUGUGUUCUUGCACAGUAUUUUAUCAGUGCAUACAAGCACAUAGUAUUGUAGGGAGGAAGGCACAAAAUAAUAGAAGGAACUGAAAGGUGCCACAACAUGCACAUGUGCUGGGCUAGUUACAAAAUUCAGAACUUAAAAUGGAAGCAAGACCAGAGAAUAUGGAAUACAAAACUCUGGGAUAAAUUAGAGUUUCAGAAGCUUUUAAAAAAUGGAACAAACUACUAAUUGGCCAAUGCUCAGCUACUAACUAUUAUAGUGACCUUUGUAGAUAAAUGCGACUUUUAAAUUGGUGGGGGCUGAUCAUUUAUUUAUUAACUUUAUUUAUACCAUUCCUUUCUCCUCGGUGGAGACCCAAAGUGGUUUACAUCAUUCUUCUUUCCUCCAUUUCAUCCUCAUAACAACCAUGUGAAGUAGGUUAGGCUGGGAGUGUGUGACUGUCCCAAUGUUACCCAGCAAGCUUCCAUGGCAGAGUAGAAAUUCGAACCUUGGUCUCACAGCUUCUAGUCUGAGACUCUAACCACUGCUCUGCACUGACUCAGUAGGAUAGAACUGCCUGAGCCAGUCUAUUGACAACCUUAUUUCUAAGGAUUUCUGAAGGAUCCCUUUGCGUUGGUUAAUUUCUCCAUGACUGAAUUCAGACAUGUUUUUGGCAAACAAAUCAGAGACGACCCUGCCUAAAAUAGAGGGAAAAUUUUCACAGAUUUCUCCCUUCCACAAUAGAUCUACUGCCUCCAAGCUAUUUCUAGGUGUCCCAUGAGAGAAGCGUCUGAGGGGACAGAGCGGGAGAGGAAUGGAGGCCACACUGCAGAUGGAAAUCUUUCCAUCAUCUAAUCCACCAUCUGGACUAUGCAGUGAUGGCACAAAGCUGCCCCCCCUCCCACACGCCCUUGGGGGAUUCAGAGUGGCUGGCCAAUGUGUGUCUUAUGCUGCUGGCAAACAAAACUAGCACCUGGCGCACUACAAACACUGAUCGAUCAGAACAGUUGGGAGACGUUGAUUCACUAUCAACACAGAGUUGGCGAUAUGAAUGGGCGUCAAGCCCAGGCAGGACAUGAAAUGUUGAGUCAGCCCAGAAGCUUAGAAGUAAUGGGGGGCCAGGGGAGUGAGGUUUAAUAAAUUCAUAAACCGGAACAGAGUGAGAUGAUCUGUAGAAAUUUGAUAGGGGUGGGUGGCGAAGUCAUAACUGACAAGGUGUACAUACGGUCUUCCUGCAAAUUCUUUCCACACUGGUCCCACAUGUGGGGUGUGUAUAACUGUGCAGGUGAGCUUAGCCACAAGCCUUGUAGACAAGUGGACAUGAGCCCUCAGCUUGCUUCUUGGCCUCGUCAACAUAGGCUGGCAUGUGAAUUGGCACUAGGGUUGUCAGGUCCAGGUUGGGAAAUUCCUGGAGAUUUGGGAGGUGGAGCCUGGAAAGGGUGGGGUUUGGGGAGGGGCCUCAGUGGGGUAUAAUGCCAUACAAUGCACCCUCUGAAGCAGCUCUUUUCUGCAGGGGAAAUGACUGUUGUCACCUGGAGAUCAGUUGUAAUUCCAGGAGAUCUCCAGCCACUACCUGGAAGCGGCAACCCUAAUUGGCACACAUGCUUAUGGGAAGACAUGGGAUCAUGCGUGUGAACAGUCUUGAUUAACUGAUCAAGCAAAGGUUAUAACUGCAACAACCACUUCCUGCCUUCAGUCUGCCGAUUUAUAAGGGCCAAUUUAUACUCUAUGGAGUACACAAGUCAACCCCUGUUCCCCGUGUAGCAGUCACACAUGAGUCCCUUCGUUCCUGUGGGUUUUGUGCCCAAUUCGGAUCACGUUUGUGGUGUGAAUGGAGCUUGAAAUUCAGCCUUCCCCCCUGAGCUGUCUUCCAGCCUGAAAUGAUCCGUGGGGCAGCGGGGGGGAUGACAAUUUGUGCCACCCUGUGUACGCAUCCGGGUUUCCCCAAUUUUCCAAAUAAUGCCCCACCCCCAGACCGUAUCAGAUCAAGAAAAGGAUGCAGGGGGAAAGGCUGAAGCCUCUUCCUGUGUGCCACAGUCACACUCCAAAUCAGGCAACACAAAAAAAUUGAAGAGAACCUGCAACUCACGUCUGACAGUUACAUAGGACAUAGGGGGGCAACCCCAGAACCCAUCCAGGCCAGGGCAAGACAUAAAUAGGUUAGCAUAAAACAUUAGGUUCACAGGGAGAGAACAUCAGGCUUGUGCAGGUGUUCAUAUGCGCAUAUGUGCAGAUAUCUGAGUAUCAGAGGCGUCUUGCUGAACGCAUGAGCACUCCCCUUUCCCCAAGACUAGCAUGAAGCUGCUGUCCAAACAGCCACGUCAAGAUUCAUGCUGAAAGAACAAUCCCAGAAUAUAUGUCACUCUAUUGCAAGGAAGUUCAUUGCUUUGUGUCCUACUAAGGGGGAAGAGCACUUUCAUCUUUGGAUGAAGGAGUGAUGAUUUCCAAGGAUUCUCCAUCUCGCUGCAGACCCCCACUUGGGGGGCGGGGGGUGUCAGUGUGUCAGAGGGGAAGGUGGAAAGUCCUAUUCUAUGAGGUCUGCUCUACAGAUGGCUCUCAUUGGAUACCUGCCAUGCUAUUCUGUUUUUCCUUUCCUUUUGCCCCCACCCUGCAAUAGCUUCAGUAGUACCAUUCUGGUCUGGACACAGUCUGCCAGGAGCACAGAAACAUUGCAAUGAAUGAGAACUGCUGCACAAAAGCACACUGCCCUUUGCCUUCUCUACAAGUGCUAUUAAUCAGUUCUUUCAAUUUGUUUUUGUUUGAUUCAAGAAGUAUCAAAGCCAUUGCACAAAUACUGCUUUCAAAGAACCCUGAAAUGGAUCCAUAAUUUCAAAGUGGCUCCACGGUUUGAGAUGAUGGCUUUAAAAACAAAUUGUAUUCUCGUGUGUCGUUGAUAUAUGUAUUGUUUGUUUGUUGUAUCCCUAAAAUGCUGCCUUUUAUAGUCUGACAUUUUGACAGUACCGCACAUAAUAUUUGUCUUUUAUCAGCCAUUAAAAAAAAAACUUUAGCUUU